AUGACGGCCAUGGCGACCGUCCCCGGCGUCGUGUACCAGCAGCAGCAGCAGCAGCCGAUGCUGCACACACAGCACGCGGCGGCCGGCGGCGGCGUGGGCGGUGCCGCGCCGUUGGCGUUUCAGGAGAAGCAGCAGCCUCAGCCUCAGCAACAGCAACAGUUCGCGCCGGGCGCGGCGGUGCAGGGGCGGCAGUCGCAGGUGUUUGCGACGACACCGCAGCAGCAACAGCAGCAGACAUUUACGGUCAACGGGGUCACGUACAUGGCCAACGGCGGGGCGCCGCAGGUGCAACAGGCUCCGAUGAUGCAAAUGCACCACCCCGGGGUUGUGGGGGUUAACGGGGCUGGCGGGGGAGGGUAUGUACAGCAGCAGCAGCAGCAGCAGCAGCCGGUGCAAGGCUUUGUUGCCGGCUCGCAAGUGGUGCCAGGCCAGAUUCAGUUUGUGGACGGCCAUCAGCAGCAGAUGAUGCUGCAGCAGUCAUCUUUUGCACAGCAACAACAACAACAACAACAACAACAACAACAACAACCGCAACAGCAGUUCGUCAUGUCCAACGGCUCCCUCGUGCAAAUCGUGCAACCAGGCCAGCUGCCCGCCGGGGCCAGGGUCGUGUCCCCGGACCAGCUCCCGCCGGGGGCGGUGCCGCAGUUCAGCCCCCGGCUGGCCAGGGCAGCGACAGCGCCGACAUCGCCCCCGCCGGCGCCGCUGACAGGAAAGGACCCGGCCGCCGGCGUGCUCGGGUUCCCUCCCCACUCGCCCUACACCCAGCCGGCCACGCCGGUGGCCAGGUCCAUGGGGCCGUCGGCUCCGCAGCGGCAGCCCGCGCCCGCCGUUGCGAUGCAGUCUCCCCAGGCUGUUGCUGCUGCUGCUGCUGCCACCGCCACUGCUGUUAGCCCACAGCCCCUGGCGAUGAUGCCGGCGGCGUCGCAGCAGAUGCAGAUGCAGGGGCUGGCGCAGCCGCAGGUGCUGAUGAACCCGGCGCCGCAGUACCAAGAGCAGCAGGCCGUCUGGGUGCAGCAGGGGCAGCAGAUGGUAUUGAUGCAGGUCCCGGCGUCCAUGGGCGGUGGUGGCGGCCAGGUGCUGCUGCCCAACCAGCUGGGCCAGCCCCAGCAAGCAGCAGUCAUGGCGGCGGCGCCGUCGUUUGCCGUCGACGCGAACGGAAACCUCGUCAUGCUCGCGGCGCCGCCACCACUGCCACCACCGGGCGCCGCCGCGGCCCUAACGACGACGGCAGCGGGGCAGGGGCAGCAGCAGCAGCAGUUCUGGACCAAGGAGCGGGCCGAGAAGAGCAAGGCGACGGCCAAGAAGGCGCUCAAGCAGACCAAGAACGCGCUCGUAAAGACAAACGACUUUUUGGGAAAGGCCGUCGCGCCCAUCAUGCCGCUGCUCGCCGUCACGGACCCGGAAGUCGCGGCCGCCUGGCGCGCCAAGCAGCAGGUCGAGGCCGCCUGCAAGGCCGCCGCCGCCUCCGGGUCCGGCGCCGACAAGGCCGCCAUCGGGCUCGCGGCCGCGCUGGGCACCGCCGCGCUGCUGGGCGGCGGCGGCGGCGGCGGUGACGGCGGGGAUGCGGGGGUGUUGGACCUGGGCGGGCUGCUGUCGUUUGGUGGUGGCGAUGGGGAUGACGGUUCGGCUCUUGCGGCUUUCGGGCUGGGCGUAGCUGGUGGCGGCGUGGGAGACGGCGGCGGCCCGUUGGAUAGCAUGGGCCCGCUGCUGUCGGCGUUGAUGACGGCGUCGGCGCAGGCCACGACGCUGGCGGCUGGCGGGGCGGCGCAGGCGCAGGACCAGCUGGCCGCGGCGCAGGCCGCGGACCCGGCGGACCCGGCGUCGCUGAUGCUCCAGGCGCUGCUGCAGGCCCAGGUGGCCAUGCAGGCGACUGCAGAAGCCCAGCCGGUAGCGGUGCCGGCGCCGGCGCCAGUACAACAGGGAAUCGCAGGGCAGCCGCAGCCGACGAUGGAGGGCCUGCUGCAGGCCUUUAUGGAGCAGGCCGCCGAGCUCCAAAAGCUCCGGCAGCAGCUUCAGGAGCAGCAGCAGCAGCAGCUCCAGCAACAGCUCCAACAGCUUCAGGAGCAGCAGCUUCAACAACAGCUCCAGCAGCUUCAGCUCCAGCAGCAACAACAACUCCCUUCGAACCCUCCUGCACCGCAACCGCAACCAGCUCCCGCUCCAACACCCUCUCCCGCCCAGACAGCCCCACCCCAGCCAACCAACACACCAGCCACCGCCGCCCAACCCUCCUCCACCCUCCCACAAAACACCCCCCUCUGCACAGCAACCUGGACCGCCCGCGCCCUCCCAACCUACGGCAUCGCCUCCGUCCUCCUCCCGCCAGGGCCCCUCACCGAAACAGACCGCCACAUCCUCUCCACCCCUCUGCCCACCCUCGGCCCGCACGCCACGCUCGAGCUGGACCUGCUGCAUACGCCCCGCCAGCGCCGCGACCGCCUCGCGCGCCUGGCGCGCCUCCUGCCCGGCGGCGCCUCCGCCGACCCCAUCAGCCUCCCCGUCCUCCUGGCCCCGACGCCGCGCCCGGACCUGGCGCCCGCCGGCUCGCCGGCUGCCGAGUCUGUCGCUCUGGCCGUCGGCCUGCCCGCCGAGCAGGACGGCGGCGACCUGAUGGCCACGUACAAGCUCCUCGUCACCUGCCCGCCGCGCAGCGGAGCCGCCUCCGCCUCCGCCUCCGCCGUCCUCAUCAGCGCCUUUGCGCCGCGCGCCCGCCUCGCCGCCGCCGUCGCCGCCGUCGAGGCCGCGGCGCGGUCCCUGCGCUGGCUUCUCCCUCCUACAACAACAACUACCACCACCACCGCAGACAUCGGCACGCGCCGCGACCGCACCGCCGAGCUGGCCGGCACGCGCUGGCAGCACUUUGACAGCUACGCGUCCCCGGGCGCCUACUCGGCCGGCAGCUUCCGCGAGACGCGCGACCUGUGCUUCUCCCCCGCGCCCGCGUGCGCCUUCUCCUUCGACCGGGCCUUCUCCGCGUCCGUGUCGACCUUUGACUCGUGCGGCAAUGCCACGUCGGACCUGACGAGCCGCCACGACCCGGACCACACCACGGGCGAGUACCGGCUGUUUGCGUGUCGCGGGGUCAACGAGGACGGGGACGGGGACGGGGACGGGGAGGAGCAGCUGGUGCUGGCCGAGGACGGCAGCCUCGAGGUCAGGGUCUGGGCCGUCCAGAGGCUGGGGCCGGGCUUGAUGGUGAUUGGGGGCAAGAAGUAUCUGAAACAGUCGUAAGGGAGGCCGGGAAGGGCCGAGGAGAGACGGGGGGGACGCUGGGGAGAACAAAUUCAUCCAACAGAUGGCUUGUACGCACUUUUUUUUUUGUACAAUAGUUGAUCAUGCCUUUUUAAUGUACAUCCAUACAUGAACCAUGUACUCUUACAUUCCGU